AUGACAUCAACCGGAGACUUCGUCCCAAAAGACGGCGUCUCCUUACCUGACGAUUCUGAGGAGCCUUCGCCGUUCCGCGUCGCCAAGUCUCGCCACCCGCCCUCUCUGUUGCCCUACACAGUACCCCAGAUACCAGAGAAAGGUACCUCUUCUCCUUCCCCUUCUUCUUCCCCCUCUUCUUCUUCUCCCUCCCCCUCUUCUUCUUCUCCCUCCCCCUCUUCUUCUUCUCCCUCCCCCUCUUCUCCUUCUUCCCCUUCUUUGUCGCCAUCAGUUGGGGCGCCCGCUUCCUCCUCUGCUUGUUUCCCAGCGCGCCCGCUUCCGUUUGACUCAGAACUCGCCAAGGCCCUCGUUCGUCGAAGCGAUAAACAUGGCGGUGCCUUCUGGACCUGCCGUGCGCGUCUGUGGUCUUGUAAAGCGCGCGAGCAAGAGCGUCGCGGCGCCGCAAAGAAACGGAGAAGUGGAGAGAAGAGAGACGCGUCCUCCCUCUCUGACGAUGAAGUUCUUUUGAAGUGUGUAAACCACCUCGUUCUUCUCCGUCGCGUGUAUGGACGGGGAACGUACGGGAAAGUCACAGCUGCGCUCGAUCUUGCUGCGGAGCUGCGCCCUCUAGCGAUCAAGACCUAUCUCCCCCACACGCUUCGGCGCUCGCGCACGGCGACCUUUGGCCCCAGUGGGCCGCAGUUCCUCACGGAAUGGGACAAGGUCCGAGGCGAAAUUCUCAUCCAGUGUUCGCUUCACCACCGCCACAUUUGUCCUCUCUACGGCGUCGUGGACGACAAACGACGAGGCGAAUGCCGUCUGCUUCUUCAACUACUCCCCCAUGCGUUGAUGACGUGGAACGAAGGCGCUCAGGCCUUCCACGUCCCGUCUGCCGACCGAAAAGAUGCCAAGAGACUCGGCACAGGGAAACACAAUUCGGAAAUCCGGGUGUACACGGAGGAGGCCGCUCGCGAGAUCACUGCGCAGCUCCUCGACGCUCUCGACUAUCUCCAUUCUUUGCGGAUUGUGCACAAGGACGUAAAACCCCAAAACAUUCUUGCCGUGUCGCCACCGCCUGCAGAGUGGCUCGUCUCACUGUCUCUCCCGCUGUCGCCCUCUUCGUCUCCCUCUUCUUCCUUCCCCCCUCCCACCAAUCACCGCUCCCCGAGCUCCGUCAACCGAGUCUCAGGCUUCGAAGAAGAGGCUGUGUCGGGCAACGGUCUUGAGGCGAUGAAGGAGGCCGUGGCCUGCGACAGCCAGGAGGCAACCGAGGAUGACGACUUUUUCUUCGAGAAGGAAGACGUGAAAAGCAUCGCCGUCUCGCCUUCUUUCUUAACGGCUGCAGAGGUCGCAUCGGGAAACAUCAGUCCCUAUGACGCGUAUUUUGCGCGCUUGUUUCGACCAGAAAAGAGCCGAGACGCUCCAUCGCGUUCACCGGCCGAAUCAGGGGAAGAAUGGACGGAGGAUGCGCCCUCGUCCUCUCUCUCGCGCUGGCCUUCGCCUGCAAAUCUGUCUUUUUCUUCUCCUCGGAAGCGGCGACCAGGGGCGGAUUUGCCUUCUCUCGUAGCCUCCUCUGUCUCAGGCCCGAGGAAGAGAACGAGCGAUAGCGUGUCCACGGGAGACUUCCCGUCUCUCAUUUGCCGAGGUCAGGCGAUGUUCGAACGCACUGUUGGGGGUCGGCGCGUCUUAUCUCUUGCUUCGACAGUCUUCUAUGGAGACGACGCUUUCUCCGGCUGCCGGACGAAAGACAUCUCGUUCUCUUUCCGGAAUUCCCUGGAUUCUCGGAGACAGCCGGGGGGAGAGAGAGCGCAGGCGAGAGCAGAGACUGAAGAAGCCGUCAGAGACCAGUGGGGGGAGACGAAAAGAGGCGCGGGCGAAGCAGAGCAAGACGAAGUGGAUCGGGAAGAACGCGGAAGAAGACUGAGGACGCGAACGCAGGACUCUCACUCAGACCUCGCGGCCUACGAAUCGUUCCUCAGUUGGAAAGGCUCAGUCAACCUGGACGAAGAACGACGCAAGUGUGUGUGGAAACUCGUGGACUUCAACACAGCGUCGGUCACUGCGGACGACCGCUGCACGAUUUGGGAUUCAGAGGGUACGCGCCUCUUCACGCCUCCCGAAUGUCUGGGCAUCGCCAAGGAAGAAGGCUACGAUGGCCGAAGCCGAGAUCUGUGGAGUGUGGGAGUUUGCCUGUAUUGUCUUCUUCUCGGACGCCCACCGUUUUUCGCCGGCGGGGACACCGGCCUCGCGCUGGUGGCGGCGAUCAUGUCCGACGAUGUCACCUUUCCUGAGUACAGACACCUCAGCGACGAUGUGAAGAAUCUUAUACGAGGCCUUCUUUCCAAAGACGCAAGCACGCGCUUGACGUCAUCUCAAGUUCGGGACCACCCUUGGAUGAAACAGCCCCGUUGA